AUGGACAUACCGUUGAGCCAGGCAGAGGUGUUCAAGUUCGCCAACGACAACACCUUUGUUCGCAUCAUGGAAAACAUCCGACAGCGGGAUGUGUUUAUCAUCCAGCCCACCGGGGCGCCGGUCAACGACAAUCUGAUGGAACUGCUCAUCAUGAUUGACGCCUGCAAGCGGGCUUCGGCCGGACGCAUUACAGCCGUCAUCCCCUACUACGGCUACGGCCGCACUGACAAGAAGGACCAGCCCCGGGUGCCCAUUACGGCCCGCCUCGUAGCCGACCUGCUGACCACCGCCGGAGCCGACCGAUUGUUGACCGUUGACCUGCACGCGGGUCAGAUUCAGGGUUUCUUCAAUAUUCCGGUGGACGAGCUUACCGCCAUGACCAUCAUGGCCGACUACUUCAAGGCCAAGGAGAUUGAAGACCUGGUGGUGGUGGCCGUGGAUAUCGGCAUCAGCAAACGAGCCCGGGACGUAGCAGAGUACCUGAACGCUCCCCUGGCCAUCAUUGAAAAGCGCCGGAUCGACAAUGCCGAUCACUCCGAGACCCUCAACGUAAUAGGUGACGUCAAGGGCAAGGUUGCCCUGACCUUUGACGACGAAAUCCUUACCGGCGGCACCACCGUCAACGCCGGGCACGCGCUGCUGGAGUGCGGCGUAACCCAAGUCUAUUGCUGCGCCACCCACCCGGUUUUUGCCAGCCGGGCUUACGAGGCCAUCGCCGAGAGCAAGUUUGAAGAGGUGGUGGUGACUGAUACCCUGCCCCUGAACCCAGCAGGCGAUGUUGAGAAGGUGAAGGUUUUGUCGGUGGCCCCGCUACUGGGCGAGGCUAUCAACCGCAUUCACGUGGGGCAGUCGGUGGGCGAACUCUUCAGCUCUCGCAGUUUCCCGGAGUUUCCCAAUCGGCCGGCGUAA